GCUAUUUCCAGCAUCGCCUUGCUUGCUUGAUCAUCGCCUCCCUACAUUCCUGUCCUGGCCUGGCGAGACAAUUAAAAAAGAUCUACAAUAUCCGUUCUAUACGCCGUGCAGUCUCGAUCUUGAUCUCUCACACCUUCUCACCCUUCUCUGGUUGACUACUGCCUCACCGUUGGCCUGGCAUCUCCACGCUGGACCCUGACGUAAAAAAAUCCAUUGUUGACAAUAAACACCCCACGAAGAUUUCUCUCCCACAUCAACUUCACGCCCAAUCAACACCUACACACCACAACUGCCAGCAAUGGAACUGCAAACCGUCCAGAUUCUUGACGACUGGUCCAGCAUGUCCAGAGAUGUACCGCAUUCUCGCAACGCAUCCGCUGACUCAACUGGUACAACAAGCUCAAAUGGAACCUCAGCCUACCCGAUGAUUCUCGAACACGUCCUGUCAUAUCCAGGCACGUACGAGAUAUCUCUCCGUACCAUGUACACUCUCAACAGUGCUCCACGGACCCAUGGACCGAAUCGAUCGACAACUUCGUCGUACGAAAGCGACUCCUCAAACGCUUCGUCAAAUUCGCCCGUAGCCAAUACCACGCAGUUCAGCUCAGCUCUUAUGUCUCACAUUGCCAAGCUUCCUGCACAGCCGUGCUCUCUACCGCCAAGCUUUAUCAUCUCAUUCGUGCGCCGCUGCUUUCACCCAGAGUUGACCAUGGUCGACUUUCCCCAGGCUCUAGCCGCAUUGGAUUACCUGAACGAUCUCGAGAACAGGAGAAAGAAGGAAGUUCGCGCAGCAUUUGCAAAGCUCGGCAUAGAAGCAAGUUUAGAUGGCGAGGAGACAGACAGAGAGCGUGUAUUCAGUCAAUAUCCCGGUGUAGCCCAAUGGGUUAAGAACGCCGAAGCCAAGGAACGAAAACUUGACAGUGUAUACACUGCGGUUUAUCUCGGCCUUCGUCGAUGGGUCUUAAUUAACGAAAUGUGCCUCGAGCCAUUCCACAAGAACAACUGCCAUGCUAUGCUGAACACAAUCUUCCCUCCAAUCCCACCAAGAAAACAACCGACAAGUCUGCUGAAGCCCGAAGUCCUUAUGUCACAACGCGAGUCAUUCUUCCAGUACAUCAAUAAAGUCAGCAAACAUGGCAAGGCUGUUUUGAAGCCGCUCCAGAUGCACCAAAAGAAGGAGCAGGAUCUCAAUGGAUGGGCUGAGGUUGUCAGAGCUCUUGAGAAGUACCUCUUAAUUGCUAAGAAUAUGAUUGAUGACUGCGUGGACAUAUCAAUUGAGCCUUUCGUUGAUGAGGCUGCCAAGCGUGGGGGUCGUAAGACUGAUUCGGGUGUCAGUUUUGGCUCAGAUCGGUCCAAGGUAUCGGCGGCUCCGAGCAUCGGCGGCUCUAUCACUGGGGACUACAAAUCCAUGGAACAACCGUUGAAAGGUCUAUCGACCAUUGAGAAGAUUACGCGAGAGUUCAAGCGUAUGCGCUCAAAGUCCCGCAACCGUAUGGAGGUUGAGGAGAUUCGCCCACGUGUUGGCACACCAGAGAGCCUAAGAAGCGAGAGACCCAUCAGUCCACAGCAAGACAGGCUACGGGGAGUGAAGAAGAUGAAGUCAGCUAGCGCACUCAGCCAUAUUAGGCAAGCAAGCAGUGGUUCCAACUCGAAUGGUGGAUCUCGACAGAAUAGCGAUGCCUCGGCAUUCGAUCCUGAAGAAAUGCGACGCGCUCGACAGCGCUACGACGAAGGCGUUAAGCAGAACAGCCACGCAGGCGCAUAAUUGGUCGUCGACUUAUCCUGAAUUGCACGAUAUAUACGAUUUUCAUUCUAUGCACGCACGCGCGUGUCCGGCUCUUUACUACAA